UAAAGUCUUCAGUACUUAAUUAAACCCCGUAGAGGAUGGAGCGCUGGUUGGGAAAACUCGCGGUUGUCACUGGAGCCAGCUCUGGAAUAGGCGAAGCUAUUUCCAAAGCACUUGUUGCUAAUGGGCUGAAUGUUCUGGGUCUAGCUCGUCGUGAAGACAAACUUAAAAAGUUGACAGAGCUUAAUAAUUCAUCCACGGGCAAGUUUCAUUAUAUGAAAUGCGAUUUGUAUAAUGAAAGUGACAUCUUGAAGGCCUUUAAUUUUGCCGAGAGUAAUUUCGGCGGGGUCCAUGUUCUUGUCAACAACGCGGGGACUAUUAGAUCCAGCACACUCGCAGCUGUAGAGACGUCAGAUAUUUGCGAAGUAGUCAAUUUGAAUCUUAUUGCUCCUUCAAUUUGCAUCAGAGAAGCUCUUAAGUCGAUGCGUAAUCACAAAAAUGAAGCUCACAUCUUCAAUAUUAAUAGUAUUUACGGUAUCAAUGCUACAUUCCCGCCAUUGCCGAUUAAUUUAUAUCCAGGGAGUAAAUUUGGAAUGAGGGCUCUCACUGAUAUUCUCAAGCUGGAAAUUCGUCAGAAUAAAGAUAAUAUUCGUGUCACAGGUCUCUACCCAGGAUUGGUGAAAACUGAAAUCAUUUCACUUGGCGGAUUCAACCCGGACAUGUACAAGAUUCUCCCGUACUUGGAGCCGAAAGAUUUGGCUGACUGUUUGGUAUUUGCUCUAUCUGCACCCCCGCAUGUGCAACUUGACGACUUGGUGAUUUAUCCAGUGAGAUGUUAAUUUAUAAAUUAUCAGAAUUGAACCGAAAUAAAAAUGAUAAAUAAAAUGCUUGUAGAUUGUAUUAAAGUGUAGAGGAAAAAUUUGAAAAGAAUUUAAAAUUUGUAAGCUAAUAAAUUGAAUAAAGCCGCAGUUGGGAAAGCAA